UCGCAGCGUGCGGUCGUUCAGUUGAGCGCGCGCCGAACACUCAGUCGCAUGACUUCGCGCAGAACGACCGACUCUACCGACCCGGCAUAACCUGGCACCUAUGUGUACAUCAUAAAACCCGAGCUAUGGUGUGACCGCAACCAACCGAGUACCUAGCUCCGGGAUCUAACAGGUUGGCUAUUGUUCUCAGUUUAUGACAUUUCAUGCGUACUCGUUGUUGGCGUAAGACCAAAGUUUUGAGGCAAAACCGUGAACACUUGAAAUUAUUUAACGUUUGUUUUGUGUGCGUCAUGGUUAGUUACGGUUAAAACGCGAGUGCUAGUGUAACGCAAAUAUAAUUAAUAACAAAGUCAUAGGAAUUAUUCAUGGGUUAAGAUAACAAGAAUCUGCGACGAUAGCGUUGAGGAGGAAUUAAAACUUAAGAACAGAAUAAAGGUGUUGCGAUGGUGACAUGACGUAUACGCAGCAGUAGCAUGCGUGGUCCAGCGCUGUGGGUGACGUACGCGCUUCCAGCGCUGGUCGUGCUACUGACGUGCGGCAAGGCCCAGCCUGCGCCAACGCUCUGCGAUGAUGACGCCUGUCGCUGCGACCCCUUCACCCGGCUCAUAUGCAACUGUACCCACGAUUACAACGAGGUGACGCUGCGACCGGACGGGCCGUACCGCGUGCCGUCCACAGCGUCCGGUAUCGUGAUCGACGGCUGCAGCAGAGUUCACUUUCUUUCCGACACGAUCCGUGGCCUUAUCCACCUCCGCAACGUGGAGAUCAGGAAUGUCGCCCACGCCGUUAUCAACGAACGAGCCCUCGCCUGGUCGCCCUUCUCACGGGAUAGUGAACUGAACCCCGGACUCCGCAUAACUAUCCACAACAGCACCGUCAAUGAGGUCGCCUCGCACGCGGUACAAGGUCGAGUCGACGACAUCACGAUCACCAACAGUCGCAUCAGCAACCUAAAGCCCUUCGCUUUUUCUAGUCUAUCAGGAGUCAAAAACAUAGAUUUAAGCAAUAAUAUAUUCGAUAACAUCGAAAUCCAAGCGUUCAAAAAAUUCUCAACAUUGAAUUUUGUACUGCGAGGCGGUGAGAUCGGAUUUAUUCCUAGCAGAUUCCUAUCGGACGUGGAAGUAACCAAUUUGUUCCGUGUAGAGGGCGUUACCAUCGAACAUUUAUCGAGUUUGGCAUACCUCGUUCAUUCACCAAAGAGAGUGCUGAUUGAAAGCAACAAAAUUGAUACCAUGGACGGUGACGGUUUUCAUUUAGUUUCUCAGGGACCAAUUACAUUUAGAAAUAAUACAGUGAAUACGUUAAGAAAGGGUGCAUUGUUCGGUUUAAGUGUCGAUUUAGACGUGCUGUCCACAUUCGGUCGGCAAGAGUUGUUGUUAGAUAAUAAUACAGUGACGGACUUGAUGCCAUCGUCUCUUAUUUUUAAUCGUUCGAGUUUGACUUUACGUGUUGACGGUUUGAACAUAAAUGUAACGUGUAGUUGCCAGUUGGCGGAGCAGUGGCGGGAAGUGCUCAAGGAGCAGGGGGGCACCAUCACCUGCUGGUACGAGCUGGAGAAUCAUUUCGUAUCUUUUCCGACUUACAUCAACAGCAGAUGUGGUGUAUUCAAACAGAACUUUUGGAUAUAUGUCGUGGUGGGUGUGAUAUUGGUUAUGAUUGCGGCGGCUAUUGCGAUAUUUUUCAUCGUGAGACACGAGAACGAAAAGAAGAAGAAAUUGCAGAUAGUAAUGCCUGACGGUAAGACGUACAGAGAGACGGAGUUCCAUAUAGUGGUAGAGAGAGCUGAGCUCCUUACCACUGACCUAUAACCAAGAGACAUAAGCUUUUUUAAUAAGAGAACAUGAAAAGUUAUCCUGUUUCUCUCCUACCUCAAUGUGCCGUCAGAGAAUUAUGUGCCAAGUUUAGUUGUUAUGUUGAUCAGUAUUAUAGAAGCGAGGAACAAUAUGUUUAGGUAUCGCUUGUUUAUUUAUAUUGUGGGAAACAUUGUUUAAAUACAAUAAAGUACAAAAUGUUAUAA